CAGGAAACACCAUUAGCCCAUUUUCCCAUGCUUGCUGCUCCCUUCCACUCUCUCACUCUCUCUCUCUCUCCCGGGGAGUUUUAGGGUUAGGGUUUCUCUUUGUGGAUUAGGGUUUUUGUUCCCUAAUUAUUCUCUUCUACUAGGAUCAUUUUAGAGUUCUUCUUUUCUCCUGUCUGUGGUCUGUAUCAGGGGGGCUUGGGGGGGACUUAAAUGGCGGGGGAGCUUCGCGGGCCCGCGCCAUUCAUUAAAAGCUGGAAGCUUCUCUAGGUUUGGUCCCUCGCAGCGGUGGAGUUGUUGCCCUCUUCAUUCGCCCCCCUGUUCUUAUAUCGGAGAAGAAAAAUCUCUCCUUUGCUCCUUGCUUUGUGUGUGGAAUGCUGAGACAUGGGAGAAAAAAGAAAUCUGUAACCAUCCAACUUCCUUCUGGAAAGGCACCUGCUGGUGAUAUGCUUGUCCGGUUCAAUUCUGGCCAAAGUCAGACCAUUGGUAGCCCAUGAAACACAUCUAGCAAUAUAUGAUGCGUCUAAAACUGAGUGUCUUCAUCAGUGGGUUCCCCAGUAAAGUCUUUCUGCCCCAAUAUCACAUGCAUGCUACUCACGCAACAGGCAACUGGUCUUGAUGGGGUUGUUUAGAAGAUUAUUGGUGGUAUUUCUUGUUGUAAUCCCUUCCUUAGCUCAGCUCCCCUCGCAAGAUAUCAUAUCCCUCCUUGAGUUCAAGAAGGGGAUCACCCAUGACCCUACUGGCUACAUCUCAGACUCGUGGAGUGAGGUGUCUAUUGACUUUAAUGGCUGCCCUUCAUCUUGGAAUGGCAUUGUGUGCAAUGGUGGAAAUGUGGCAGCUGUUGUCCUCGACAACCACAGCCUCUCUGGCACUGCUGAUCUUGCUGUGCUUGCCAACCUAACAAUGCUUGUUAAGCUCUCGAUGGUCAAUAAUAACCUCUCUGGGAGAUUGCCGGACAAUGUGGCUGAGUUCAAGAGCUUGAAAUAUCUGGAUAUCUCCAACAAUGCAUUCUCCGGGGAGCUGCCUCAAGAUCUUGGGAAGGUUCGGAGCUUGCUGAACCUGUCAUUGGCCUGGAACAACUUCUCUGGGCCAUUGCCUGACUCUAUUGGGGGGCUUGCCUCGAUGCAGUCCCUGGAUUUGAGCCACAACUAUCUGUCUGGCCCCUUGCCCUUGUCAUUGAAGAGUCUUAGGAACUUGGUCUCAUUGAAUCUCUCGUACAAUGCUUUCACAGAGAAGAUACUGACUGGGUUGGAAAGGAUGAGUAAUCUGGAGUCAUUAGACCUGAGCUGGAACCAAUUGGAUGGUGGCAUUGAUUGGAAUUUUCUCAUGGACUCAAGCAUUGUUCAUGUCGAUUUUAGUGGGAAUUUGCUCACCAGUUCAAACCCAAAGGAGCUAAAGUUCUUGUCUGAUAUCUCGGAUACAGUUAAUUAUUUGAAUCUGAGCAACAACCGACUAACUGGGUCGCUGAUUGAAGGAGUUGAGUUGUCUACUUUUGGGCGUUUGAAGGUGUUGGACUUAAGUUAUAAUCAGUUAUCAGGGGAGCUGCCAGGCUUUAAUUAUGUUUAUGAUCUUGAGGUUCUAAGGCUAGGAAACAAUGGCUUUUUUGGAUUCUUACCAAGUGGUCUUCUGAAGGGGGAUUCUCUUGUUUUAAGUGAACUAGAUUUGAGUGCAAACAAUCUGUCAGGACAUAUUAAUAUGAUCACAUCAACAACUUUGCGUGUCCUUAAUCUUUCCUCUAAUGCUAUUUCUGGGGAACUUCCGUUGCUGACAGGAACCUGCACAGUUCUAGACCUAUCAAAGAAUCAGUUCACUGGAAAUUUGUCUGUGAUUGCAAAAUGGACAGAUGACCUUGAAUAUAUUGAUCUAAGUGAGAAUCAGUUGAUGGGACCCAUUCCGGAGGCAGCCUCACAGUUUUUACAGCUUAAUUACCUCAAUCUCUCCCAUAAUGCUCUCAUGAACACCAUCCCAGAAGUUCUUGCUCAGUACCCCAAGCUCUCUGUUCUUGAUCUCAGUUUUAACCAGUUCAGCGGUCCUAUUUUAACCGACUUGUUGAAGUCCGCCACAGUGCAAGAGCUUUAUCUUCAAAAUAACUUACUUGCAAGUAGCAUAAUUUUCUCUCCAUCUUCAUCGAAGAAGUCCAACCUUCGUGUGCUUGAUAUUUCUGGCAACCAUUUCAAUGGCAGUUUUCCGGAUGAUUUUGGCUCCUUGACUGGUCUGCAAGUGCUUGAUGUUUCUGCAAAUAAGUUCUCCGGUUCUCUGCCACCAGCUGUUACUAAACUAAUUUCCCUUACUGCCCUCGACAUAUCCCUCAAUGACUUCACGGGCCCAUUGCCUGCAACAUUACCUGGCACCCUUGUAAAAUUCAAUGCCUCUUACAAUGAUCUAUCUGGAAUUGUCCCAGCAAACCUGAGAAAGUUCCCAGAUUCUUCUUUUCAUCCAGGAAAUUCUAGGUUGCAAUUUCCAGGAGGCCCACCUGGAGCUGGCAGUGCUCCAUCUGGAAGUCCUGGGCACAAGGCAAUCAGACCUUUUGUCAAGGCUGCAGUUAUAGCAGCUUGUGUUCUGGCUUUGGUGAUUUUAAUCCUUUUAGCAAUUCUUUUGCAUUACAAGAGGAUUUCAAGGAAAUCUCAGUCAGAAAGGGUUUCAGAUAAAAAUGCUCAGAGGAGGACCUUGCCAGAUACUACAGGGACCAAAGGCAGGGAAGCUGGUGGUGCAUUGGUGGUGUCAGCUGAAGAUCUUAUAGCUCCCCGGAAAGGUACUUCAUCUGAGAUAAUUAGCCCAGAAGAGAAAAUGGCUGCUGUCUCUGGCUAUUCACCACCAUCCAAGAAUAGCCACUUCUCAUGGUCACCAGAUUCGGGGGAUACAUAUCCACAGGAAAAUCUGGGAAGGUUGGAUGUCAGGUCACCGGAUCGGUUGGCAGGAGAUUUACAUUUCUUGGAUGAGACAAUCACACUGACACCAGAAGAAUUAUCAAGGGCACCAGCAGAAGUAUUGGGAAGGAGCAGCCAUGGGACUUCUUACAGGGCGACACUCGAUAACGGGGUGUUCUUGACAGUGAAGUGGCUCAGAGAAGGUGUGGCAAAGCCAAAGAAAGAAUUUACUAAAGAGGCAAAGAAAUUUGCAAAUAUCAGGCACCCUAAUGUUGUGGGGUUGCGAGGUUACUAUUGGGGCCCCACACAGCAUGAGAAGCUUAUCUUAUCAGAUUACAUCUCACCUGGAAGUCUUGCUAGUUUUCUUUAUGAUCGACCUGGAAGGAGAGGCCCGCCAUUAACCUGGGCCCAGCGGCUUAAAAUAGCUGUUGAUGUUGCACGUGGCCUAAACUAUCUCCAUUUCGACCGAGCUAUUCCCCAUGGCAACCUCAAAGCCACCAACAUACUACUGGAUGGCCUCGACCUCAAUGCUCGUGUCGCGGACUACUGCCUGCACCGCCUGAUGACCCAAUCGGGGACCAUCGAGCAGAUCCUCGACGCCGGCGUGUUGGGCUACCGUGCCCCGGAGCUGGCAGCAUCCAAGAAGCCAUCCCCAUCCUUCAAGUCGGACGUGUAUGCCUUUGGGGUGGUGCUGCUGGAACUCCUGACCGGCAGGUGCGCCGGGGACGUCGUCUCAGGGGAGGAGGGAGGUGUUGAUCUUACCGACUGGGUGAGGCUGAGGGUGGCCGGAGGUCGAGGGUCGGAUUGCUUCGAUCCAGCCAUGGCCCCUGACAUAGCGAAUCCAGAAGCUGCUAAGGGCAUGAAGGAAAUGCUAGGGAUAGCUUUAAGAUGUAUUCGCCCGGUUUCAGAGAGACCAGGUAUCAAGUCUGUCUAUGAGGAUCUUUCAUCCAUAUAAAGUGCUUUGUUUGAUCCCUGUGUGUAGGACAACUAUUUUUGGCAAAUGCAAGUGCUGGCCUCGCCUUGAUGCCUAGCAAGUUUGAUUUGAGGUUUUUUUCAUAGUUCA